AUGAUGGCCGUCUCGGGCGCGCCGGUUCCUGUAAGCGAGGAUGCUGGUGCUAGAUUUGCCGAGCGCCGCAUCCUCUCGGCUGAGACGGCCAAGGCGGUCGAGGAUGCCCAGGCGGUCGCCGGCACCGCCAACGCCGAGCUCCUUGACACAACAAUCAUCCUCCUCGACAAGGCGUCGGCCGCCGCCGUCGCCAACACUCAGAUGACGCUCGCCCAGGCGUCGGCUGACCUCGCCGCGACGGCGGCCGCCUUCACGCCCCUCGAUCCUUCGCCUCCUCCUCCGGCGGCGCCUCCGGCGCCGCAUCUAUACGGCCGCUCGCUCGGCGUCGCCGCCAAUCUCGCCGCCGCCAAGACGGAGGCGUCGGCGGGCGAGGCGGCGGGGCUGGCGGACGAGGCGAAUGCCGAGGCGUGGACCGCCCUCGAGGCGCAGCUCCGAGCUGGCUCAGCCGCCUUCGACGCCGACGCCACGCUCGCCGGCGCCAAGAUGGACGACCUCUACGACGAGUGGUUUGUCAGCCUCCCGCCUUCCCCGCCGUCUUGGCUCUCCGAAUGGGGCCUGCCGAACCGCAUGUGCUGCGGCUUCUUCACCAUCUUCGCCGCGCAGACCGCGAGCGAGUCGUUCGGCAUCCUGCCGAGCGUGAUGCCGAAGGUCGUGGCGAUGGUGAUGAUCAUCGUCUCGUUCGCGGUCGGCGUGGGCAACGUCGAGGGCUUCAUCAUCUCCGAGAUCAUGCCCGUCUACGCAAAGGACACCCUCGCCUCGAUCGGCCAGCCCCUCAACUGGAUCGCCAACCUCACGGCGAGAUGCAGCAGACAGAGGUACCUGAUCUUCGUCGCCCUCACGGCCUUCUUCGGCUGGUUCACCUUCAACAAGGUGCCCGAGACCAAGGGGAAGACCAUCGCGCAGCUGACCAAAGAGUUCGACAAGUACUGA